GUUGGACUCUAUUUAUUAUUCACAUGUGAAGUAGAGAGAGAAAGUCACAGCUCUCCAUUUCUAGAGAGAGAAGCCCCAAAAAGGCACUAGUUAAAAUUAAUAAAAUUACUCGUACUUGUUCUCUCCUCCAUCUACAAGUCUUCAUCUCCAUCUCUCACUAGCGCCAUGGAUUCUCAGAUCUAUGGCGCCUUUCUCUCUCUCCUCUUUCUCUCCCAUCUCUCUCUAUCUCUCUCCGCAUUGCCCACGCAAAUCAACUCCAACUCGGUCCUGGUUGCUCUGCUCGACUCGCGCUACACUGAGCUGUCCGAGUUAGUUGAGAAGGCGCUGCUUCUGCAAACCCUAGAGAAGGCGGUGACGAAGCAUAAUAUUACUAUAUUUGCGCCGCAGAAUGAGGCGUUGGAGCGGAAUAUUGACCCGGAGUUUAAGCGGUUUUUACUUGAACCGAGGAACUUGAAGUCGUUGCAGAAGCUGUUGAUGUUUCAUAUUGUGCCGAGCCGAGUCAAUUCGGUGCAUUGGCCGGUUCAGCAUAAGACGCUGUGUGGAGAGGAUGAGAUGCAUUUGGCGUUGAGUUUGGGCAAAGAGAGUGAGUUUUUUGUCGGUGACGCGAGGGUGACCCGACCCGAAGAUGUGACCCGACCCGACGGAGUCAUCCAUGGGAUUGAGAGGCUGUUGGUUCCUAGAUCUGUGCAAGAGGAUUUUAAUGCUAGGAGGAGUUUGAGAUCCAUUUCGGCUGUUUUACCCGAAGGGGCUCCGGAAGUUGACCCGAGAACUAACCGGUUGAAGAAACCGGCUCCGGUUCCUGUCGGCGCCCCACCGGUUUUACCGGUUUAUGAUGCGUUGGCUCCGGGGCCUUCGAUUGCUCCAGCGCCAGCUCCGGGGCCUGGUGGAGCUAAGCAUCAUUUCGAUGGGGAGUCUCAGGUGAAGGAUUUUAUUCAGACAUUGCUGCAUUACGGUGGUUAUAAUGAAAUGGCAGAUAUUUUAGUGAAUUUGACUUCGCUAGCUUCGGAAAUGGGGAGAUUAGUCUCAGAGGGGUAUGUAUUAACUGUGUUGGCACCGAAUGAUGAGGCAAUGGCGAAAUUGACUACUGAUCAGUUGAGUGAGCCUGGUGCCCCGGAACAGAUAAUGUAUUAUCAUUUGAUACCCGAGUAUCAGACGGAGGAGAGUAUGUAUAAUUCUGUGAGGAGAUUUGGGAAGGUGAAUUACGAUACUUUGAGAUUGCCUCAUAAGGUUGUUGCUGAGGAGGCUGAUGGGUCGGUUAAGUUUGGACAAGGGGAGGGUUCUGCGUAUUUGUUUGAUCCUGAUAUUUAUAUAGAUGGAAGGAUUUCGGUUCAGGGGAUUGAUGGGGUUUUGUUUCCAGUUGAGGAGACGAAGCCGGCUAAGAAAGUUGUUCCUGCUGUGAGUAAAGUUGCUGCUAAACCGAGAAGAGGCAAGUUGAUGGAAGUAACAUGUAGUAUGCUUGGGGUAUUUGGACAUGAUUCUCAUUUCAAUAGCUGCCACUGAAAAUUCACACUUUAAGGAAAUUACAAUACAAGGAAUAACCAAACACAGCAAUGCAGCAAGGUAAAUUAUAUUCAUCAGCGCCCCCAAUCUUCAUAUUUUCCUAGUACACUGCUGCCUCUGUAUGGCUCAGCGUUUCGUUGUUGAAUUGAUAUCGCAGUUUUUAGGAUGAUCCUGGUGCAUGAGUAAAAAAUAAAGGGAAAGGAUUUGCUUGCAUUGAAGUGAACCCUCAAAAGAUAUAUAAGUUUCUUUGGUUAUAAAUACUGUAAUUACUCAUCAAUUUUUUGUUGUAUUUAUGUUUGUUUUUUCCUUUUUUUUUUGCCUCUUCUUCUGUGUAUGCACAAAUAUAAAAAUCCUCGAAGAACAUGUUUUGGUACUCUGUAUCUGGCAGGUGUGUGUUCUUUCUAGUAUUUUUGUUUUGUUUUUAACACUACUGUUUGUGCAUCAGUAGCCUGUGAGUCAAUAUAACACUAGCUACAUUAUUCUUUA